AUGUCUGAGUUUACUCAGAUUUUCGAGGAGAUUGAAGCGAUUAAUCUAGCACUCCACGGCUACCUCCAAAGGGCUGAUGUCCGACUGUGGACGCGUGUUCAUUUCCCGGGCGAGAGGUACAAUUUGAUGACUACGAAAAUAGCGGAAUCAAUGAACAGAGCAUUGUCGAAUGCUAGAGGUCUGAACAUUGUUCGAAUAUUAGAAUUGAUACGGAGAGAGGAUGCCAGAUCGCAGCGAACCACGCUUACGCGUGGUGUGGAGAAACUACUACAUCUAAGUAAGCCUUUAAGAGAAUUAGGUCGUGUAACUGCCGCCAGAGAUUUGACGGUACAGAGGAUUGAUGAUCAUCACACUGAAGUUAAAUAUGGAUCUUCCGACGAGUCUUUGCAUGUUGUUAAUUUGGUAGAGCGAAAGUGCACGUGUCGCCGUUUCGAACUCGAGAAAUUACCAUGUGUACACGCAAUCGCAGCGGCGGAGUACAUGAAUGUUUCUCGUAUAUCCCUGUGCAGUCUUUACUAUACCAGCAAUUAUUUGGUUAGCGCAUACGCUGAAUGGGUCAUGCCGGUUGAUUCAGCGCAACCUGUUCCAGAAAUCGUGGCUAACGAACCCUGCUUGCCCCCGACUGUACGUCAACCACCAGGCAGACUGAAGAAAAAUAUGAUGAAAUCUGCUUUAGAAGUUGCAUAUCAAACAAACGUCCUAGGAAAGAGCACACAUGUUCUCGAUGUAGACAGAGUGGUCAUAAUGCGAAAACUUGUCCGAUGUAGGCAAGUGUUGUAG